AUGGAGGAUGGCACGUUCGUGUUUCCUGUGACGGCGAGGAGGACAGGAGACAACGAAACUGUGUCCAUGAUCAUUUAUUCGAAGGACGACGGCAAAAAUUGGGUGCUUCCACAUGGGAUGCUCCCCGUGGGGUGCACUGACCCCCCCAUCGUUGAGUGGGAGCAGGGGCAGCUUGUCAUGAUUGUCAAAUGCAAUUUGCUCUCCAAUGUGUUUGAGUCGAGGGACAUGGGGGCAAUGUGGAGGGAGGCUGUCAGGACACUCACACGCGUGCAUCCCAGGGUUUUUCCGAACUCUUUGCAAACAGCUGUGGGAGUGGGGUCCCUCACCACUGCGACCAUUGCUGGAAAGAAGGUUAUGCUGUACACUCAGAAAGGGUUUCUCCGUGAUGACCCGUUGCAAGCCACCGUGCUCUACCUUUGGGUUGCUGACAACAACCACACGUUUCACGUCGGGCCCAUUUCCAUGGACACUGACACGACACCGACGUCUAACAACACCCUGCUCUAUUAG